GCUCGGGCGAUGAGCAUCGGGCACUUCACCGUGUGGGACUAUGUGGUGUUCGGGGCCAUGCUGCUGGUCUCCGCGGUCAUCGGCGUGUACUACGCCUUCGCGGGCGGCGGCCAGCAGACCUCCAAAGACUUCCUGAUGGGCGGCCGCAGCAUGAGCGCCCUGCCCGUGGCGCUGUCCCUCACCGCCAGCUUCAUGUCGGCGGUCACCGUGCUGGGCACCCCGGCGGAGAUCUACCUCUACGGGGCCAUAUUCUGCAUCUUCGCCAUCACCUACUUCCUGGUGGUGGUCAUCAGCGCCGAAGUCUUCCUGCCCGUCUUCUACAGGCUGGGGAUCACCAGCACCUACGAGUAUUUGGAGCUUCGAUUUAAUAAAUAUCUGCGUCUUUGUGGGACAAUCCUCUUCAUUAUACAAACGAUUUUAUACACUGGAAUUGUUAUUUAUGCUCCAGCUCUGGCACUGAAUCAAGUCACAGGAUUUGACUUGUGGGGUGCAGUGAUCGCAACUGGAAUAGUCUGUACAUUCUAUUGCACACUGGGUGGUCUAAAGGCAGUAGUCUGGACAGAUGUGUUCCAGGUUGGAAUCAUGGUAGCUGGAUUUUCAUCUGUAAUUAUACGUGCUGUGGUGGUUCAAGAGGGAAUCGGACGCAUUCUAAACGAUUCCUACCAUGGAGGAAGAUUAAACUUCUGGGACUUUAAUCCCAACCCCUUGCAAAGACAUACCUUCUGGACAAUUAUCAUAGGUGGGACCUUCACCUGGACUGGCAUAUACGGGGUCAACCAAUCUCAAGUUCAGAGAUACAUUGCCUGCAAAACAAGUUUCCAAGCAAAAUUAUCUCUCUAUAUCAACCUCUUGGGACUCUGGGCGAUUCUUGUCUGUGCAAUGUUUUGCGGACUAGCAAUGUACUCCAUAUAUCACGAUUGCGACCCAUGGACAGCAAAGCGGGUGUCAGCACCAGACCAGCUCAUGCCAUAUCUGGUAUUGGAUAUUCUACGAGAUUUUCCAGGGGUACCAGGACUUUUCGUGGCUAGCGCCUACAGUGGGACAUUAAGCACAGUGUCCUCCAGCAUCAACGCUUUAGCGGCUGUAACUGUUGAGGAUCUCAUUAAACCUUACUUCAGCUCCCUCUCUGAAAAGAAACUAUCUUGGAUUUCCAAGGGGAUGAGUCUUUUUUAUGGAGGAGUGUGUAUUGCCAUGGCUGGUGUGGCAUCCCUUCUGGGCAGCUUGUUACAGGCAGCUCUCAGUAUUUUUGGCAUGGUUGGUGGCCCUCUUCUAGGACUGUUUUCUUUGGGAAUCCUCUUCUCCUUCGCAAACCCCAUCGGUGCAUUUGUAGGGCUUAUUGGGGGCUUUACUGUUUCACUCUGGGUUGGCAUUGGGGCUCAGAUUUACCCUCCGCUCCCUGAGAGAACUAUGUCAUUAAAUCUCACAACUAUCGGCUGUGACAUAGGCAGUCCAGGAACAGGAGGCAACUGGACUGCAACAACCGAAAUGCCAACUUUAACAACCCUUGUACACCUGCAAGGCACUGAAAGACCUGUCCUGGCUGAUUAUUGGUAUUCCUUGUCGUAUCUGUACUUCAGCACACUUGGGACCCUGGUCACAAUAGCUUUGGGAAUGAUUGUCAGCCUCUUAACAGGAGGAAUAAAGCAGAACAUAGAUCGUAAAUUCUUGCUGACCAAAGAGGACUUGCUGUCCAGCUUCUCAUUUUCUAAACCCAAGACAGUAAUUUUGAACUGGAAACCUUUCACCACGGCAGAUGAAGGAACCGACAAUCCUGUUUUCAACCACAUUGAAAUGAACAUCACAGAAAAUAAAGAUAAAGUCAAUGGUGCCCAUGUAUGA